UUGUAAGCCAUUCAGUCCUCAACUUUCAACGGUUAAGCACAAGCAAACAAACCAACAAUCUCAACAUGAAAUUCGUCAUUGUUUUCGUAGCUCUUUUCGGUUUGGCUUUAGCCGCUCCACCACAAAGCUCCGUCGAUGCUGUCAUCACCCGCUCUGAAUCCGUUGUAGAACCUUUGAGCUACAACUACGCUGUUGAGACCAGCGAUGGCAAGUCUGCCAGCGAAGAUGGACACAUUGAGAACCAAGGAUCAGAAGAUGAGGCUAUUGCCGUCAAGGGACAAUUCUCAUAUGUUGGUGAUGAUGGUGUCACUUACUCUGUUAGCUACAUUGCCGACAAGAACGGUUUCCAACCACAAGGUGCUCAUUUGCCAGUUGCCCCAGUCGCUUAAGUGAUUUUCAC